UGCCACGCCAACAAGUAAUGUCUAUACUGACACGCCCUAUAUAAAUCUAUUAACUAGUACUAACCCAAUAAUGCCUACUUCUAGAGACGCUCUGCUCCCGCACGUGCACCUGCUCAACAAACUCGUCAGGCUCAUACUGCUCCCACGAGACAAGCUCCCCCACCUCAGCAACAACAGAACCGUGCCCCUCCGCCUCAACAGCAACAGCAGCAUGCUAUGACACAACCUCCACCAUCAGCAGUUGGUCAACCUGCCCAACAAGGACCUGGUUUGUUUGGACAAAUGGCUAGCACGGCAGCUGGUGUAGCUGUAGGACAUUCUAUUGGACACGCCAUCACUGGAGGAGCGUCAUCAUUAUUUGGAGGCAGCCGAGAACAGCCGCCUGCAGAGCAGCCACAGAGCGUACCGCAACAGCAGUAUUCAGACUACCAACAGCCAGCUUAUCAACAGCAAUCUGUUGGAGGCGCAAGUUGCGAAGCAGACGCAAAAGCAUUCACUAAAUGCCUAGAAAUUAACAACAACGAUGUAGCACAAUGCCACUGGUACUUAGAAAACCUUAAGGCAUGCCAGCAAAUGAGUGCUCAGUACUAGAACUUAGACACAUUCACGCGUUGUUCCGUGAACAACUAAAUUGUUCGGUUACCGAAUGCGUACCGUAGCCCAUUUUCAAUAACUUGUCCAAAACGUAUAUAAUAAACCAUCCUUAGUAAAUAGCCUUGAACGUAA